CCUUACCGACUGUUUGCUACCAAAAGUGGGUGUAAUGGACCAGAUGCUACCGCUAACAUCAGCUAAAUAAACCACCUGUCAAAUUAUCAACCUCGGUACAACCCCAGCCAUGUUUGGCAGGUCACGAAGCUGGGUUGGAGGGCAGGGGAAAUCGAAAAAUAUCCAUUCCUUGGAUCAUUUAAAGUACAUGUAUCAUGUCCUGACCAAAAACACCACAGUGACAGAUCACAACCGCAACCUCCUGGUGGAGACGAUACGUUCCAUCACAGAGAUCCUCAUAUGGGGUGACCAGAAUGACAGCUCUGUUUUUGACUUUUUCCUAGAGAAGAACAUGUUUGCCUUCUUCUUGAACAUCUUGCGGCAGAAGUCUGGGCGCUAUGUGUGUGUUCAGCUUCUCCAGACUCUGAAUAUACUCUUUGAGAACAUCAGACAUGAAACGUCACUGUAUUACCUGUUAUCAAACAACCAUGUGAACUCCAUCAUUGUCCACAAGUUUGAUUUCUCAGAUGAAGAGAUUAUGGCCUACUAUAUCUCCUUCCUCAAGACCCUAUCACUCAAACUCAACAAUCACACUGUGCACUUCUUCUACAAUGAGCACACGAAUGACUUUGCCCUCUACACUGAGGCCAUAAAGUUCUUCAACCACCCUGAAAGCAUGGUCCGCAUCGCAGUCCGCACCAUCACCCUCAACGUGUACAAAGUCUCAUUGGACAACCAGCACAUGCUGCACUACAUCAGAGAUAAGACAGCAGUGCCGUAUUUCAGCAACUUGGUCUGGUUCAUCGGUAGCCAUGUCAUUGAACUGGACAAAUGCGUGCAGACAGAUGAAGAGCACAAAAACCGGGGCAAGUUAAGUGACCUGGUAGCUGAGCACCUUGACCACCUCCACUACCUGAAUGACAUCCUCAUCAUUAACUGUGAAUUCCUCAAUGAUGUUUUGACCGACCACCUCCUCAACCGUCUGUUCUUACCUCUUUACGUGUUCUCAUUGGUUAGCCAAGAAACACAUGAAGAGCGAAAGAUCAACCCUCAGGUGUCCCUCUACCUGCUGUCACAAGUGUUUCUUAUCAUCCACUAUCAACCCCUUGUCAAUGCCCUGGCUGAUGUCAUUCUCAAUGGAGACUUGUCUGUCUUUAUUCCACAAACAGGCCUUCACAACCCACAAAAGAACACAGCUAGUUCGGGAGGGGUGCGUCGCUUCACCAAGCCUCCUGAGUCUUUGGAGCGCUCCCUUGAGCUAUCCCGUCACCGUGGCCGCAAGAGAACCCAAAAGAGGCCAAACUACAAGAACCUGGGCGAAGAGGAUGAUGACGGGGGUUCAAGGGGAGGAGGAAGCGGAAGCCGGGAAGAGGCAGAUGAGGGCUGGGAAGAUAGCGGCCGAGAGAGGGAGAAGGGAAAAGGUACAGAGGUUGUUGGAGCAGGUGGGAGUUCUAAGGGAAGCAGAGCGAGUGGGGAAACGGCGGAAGAAAUAGAGAUGGUGGUGAUGGAGACAUGUAAGGUGUCAGAACUGACUGAGCAGAACAUAACAGAUGAAGAGAAGAGCGCAGCAGCUACCCGCACGCACACACAGAGAAGCAGGCCUUUCUUAGAAAUGGUGUACAGUGCCCUGGACUGCACCAAUGACGACUACCAUGCACUGUUUGUCCUUUGCCUGCUCUAUGCAGUUUCACACAGUAAAGGUAUAAACCGUGACCUUCUGGAGCGACUCCAGCUGCCAGUCCCUGACCAAGAAAGAAGUUCCUACAGUUUGGUACUUGCAGAGAGGUUAAUACGAGUAAUGAGCCAAGCGGCACAACCAGAUGGUCGAGUGCGAUUGGCGACCCUGGAGCUCAGCUGCCUUUUACUGAAGCAGUCCGUGUUGUCUGGAAGUCCGUCUAUAAUCAAAGAUGUUCAUCUGGCCUGCCUGGAGGGAGCAAGAGAAGAAAGUCUGCAUUUACUUCGGCGAUUCUACAAGGGUGAGGAGAUCUUUCUGGACAUGUUUGAAGACGAAUACAGGAGCAUGACGAGUAAACCACUGAAUGUGGAGUAUCUAAUGAUGGAUGCCUCCAUACUUCUUCCACCCACCGGCACACCUCUAACUGGCAUCGACUUCGUCAAGAGGCUCCCUUGCGGAGAUGUGGAAAAGACACGCCGGGCCAUACGUGUGUUCUUCAUGUUGCGGUCACUGUCACUGCAGCUUCAAGGAGAACCAGAGACACAGCUGCCUCUGACCAGACCUGAAGACCUUAUUAAGACUGAUGAUGUCCUAGACCUCAAUAACAGUGACUUAAUAGCAUGUAUGGUGGUCAGUAAAGAUGGCGGCCAGGCUCAAAGGUUCCUUGCUGUAGAUGUGUAUCAAAUGAGUUUGGUCGAACCAGAAACCAAACGCCUCGGAUGGGGUGUCGUCAAGUUUGCUGGCCUAUUACAGGACAUGCAGGUGUCUGGUGUUGAAGAUGACAGCAGAGCUUUAAACAUUGUUAUACAUAAGCCCAGUUCCAACCCCCACGCCAAGCCGCUACCGAUCCUCCAGGCCAACUUCAUUUUUGCUGACCACAUCCGCUGCAUUAUUGCCAAGCAGAGACUGGCCAAAGGUCGCAUCCAGGCACGACGCAUGAAAAUGCAACGAAUAACAGCUCUGUUGGACCUUCCUGUGCAGCCGAGCACCACGGAGGUGCUGGGUUUCGGCCAAACGGCCAACGCCUCCCCCAGUGGUCUCCCUUUCCGUUUUUAUGAGCAGUCAAGACGAGCGCCCAAUGACCCAACAGCCAACAGAGCGGUCUUCGGCUCAGUUGAUAAAGUCCCAGGCUUUGCGGUGGCUCACUGUGUAUCUCAACACACUCCCUCUCCGCUCUCCUCCCCUUCAACUCCCUCCAGUGGGAGCGGAAGCACAGGACGAUGCGAUUCGGUCACGACGAGUACCAUUUCAGCUCAGAGCCCAACAGAUGAUGGCACUUUCUUGGAGAACACCCCUCCUUCCUCUUCAUGCGGAGAAGGAGAGGAAGGCAGUGGGGACCUAACGAGCACCCUCUCAACCCAGGGUCCGCCGCCACCGACCCUUGCCCCCAGCCUCACUCCGGCCUCCCAACCUACAAUCUCCCUCCUCACCGACAGCAGUGCUGACACCCUGAGCGUAGAAUCGCUGACCUUGCUGCCCCCUGUGGACUCGCCGCACCUUUACCCCUGCGCCAAUCCUCUUGCUGUCCCUGCGCCCUUUCUCAUGAGACUGGAGGAGGAGAGCGAUGAAGAGAAAACGGAAGCACGAAAAGGUGAGCAAAAGACUGAAAGCUCGCCGGUGGAGCACACCGAUGCAGAUGGCACACUAAAAGAGGAUUUGAAGGAGGAACCGCUCAUACCCACCCACGACACAGUAGACAAUCCACUGGGUGAAAAUGAGCAUGGUGGUGCGGACUCACUUCAGUAUGAGGAAGAGAGAGCGCCAGUAUCUGUAAUGGAACGAGAGGAUGUGGAAAAGCACACAGAAAUCCCCGAUUCACCUGAACUAGACUAACAACAAACAUUCUUCUUAAUGGUGCGCUUGAACACAUCUGACACUCAUCCAAACGACAGUGACAUGUAGAACCACCCAGCUUGCCUGCAGGCUGUGUUUAUGCGGCAACGUGCAGGUAGCACGUGACUCCUAAUAAGGACAUGACAGCCUUUGAGGAAGAAAACUCCCACGGAUGCAACUGGUGGAAUGCUCAAAGCACAUUUGAGUUCAUCGGUUUAGCACACAUGAGUUUUUAGCACGCGUGAAAGCGUGUAACCAGCAGCUUUUUUACAACUGAUUGACGGGAAUGUCAUAUGCAUUACUGCUGAUGUGAGGUUUUCAAAGAUGUGAUCUAUUUUUUACGUCUUAUGUUCACAUACCACUGAAGUUUUGUGAUAAAUGCAUAAACACACUGCUGCACAAGACUUUUUAUGCACUAUUGUGUGUAAGCAGGAACAAAGGAUUCAUUGAUCACAUGUGCUACAUCUGGUUAUGUCUUAAUUUGCACAUAGGUUAAGUAUUGUUUUUCACUUAGCUGGCUCCUUAAAGGGCAGAUGAAGAGUUCAAUUCUUCAUUUUACUCGGUCAAAUUGCAUUGAAUGCAUCAUUCGCUGUGUUAAAUCUCCUUUUAAAAAAAAAAAAAAAAAGAAAUGACCUCGUAGUUUUUGAGUUACUGCCAUAGCAACACCUUAGCAACGAGGGAAGCGCCUUGGUGCUGGCUGCUACCUGAUGACGUAAUUUACAGAAGACCUCGCCAGCACUCCAAUACAGAAGUACUGUAUAGCGCUACGCAAUCCUCGUCAUAUAUUGAAAAGAUUUCCAGGGUUUUAAUCAUGAGAUUCAUCAUGCCAUCUCGAUGUGUAGAGAUAAAUUGGUCACACGAUGGCUCGAGACUAUCAGUGGCCCAAAAACCUUUUGUGGGAGUCCAGCGAAAGAACAGCUUUCUCAAUCGGUUCUUUGUUUUCAACAUUUCAGUAACGACAGUUUUGAUAGCCUAGCAGAAUACAACGUUUUUUCAAAGAUGUACAGUGUAUCACAAAAGUGAGAACCCCCCUCCCCCUCACAUUUCUGCAGAUAUAUAAGUAUACAAGAAAGCCCGCCCGUCUCAUCAGACCAUAGGACAUGGUUCCAGUAAUCCAUGUGCUUUGUUGACAUGUCUUCAGCAAACUGUUUUGGGGCUUUCUUGUGUUCCGUCUUCAGAAGAGGCUUCCUCCUGGGGUGACAGCCAUGCACACCAAUUUGAUGUAGAGUACGGCGUAUGGUCUGAGCACUAACAGGCUGACCCCCCACCUCUUCAAUCUCUGCAGCAACGGUGACAGCACUCCUGUAACAAGUCACAUGACAUUUUGGAGGGAAAAUGACAAGCAGUACUCAAUUUGGACAUUUAGAGAUGUACGUAGUUUCUAAGGGGUGUACUCACUUUUCUUGCUAGGGGUUUAGAUAAUAAUGGCUAUAUUUUGAGUUACUUUGAGGGAAAAAUAAAUUAACUCUAUUAGAUAAGCUGCACACAGACUACUUUUCAUUGUGUGAAAUUGUCAUUUUGUCAGUGUUGUCCCAUGAAAAGAUAUACUUAAAUAUCUGCAGAAAUGCGAGGUGUUAACUCACUUUUGUGAUACACUGUACGCAUUAGAAAUGACAUAGUCGUUUCGACGAGCUCGUACAAAGUUUAAAUUCGUCAAAUUACAUCCAAGUCCGACAAACUCUUCAUCUGCCCUUUAAAUGAGUUCAUACCUGGCAGUUUGCCAAUGUUGUACUUCUGUUUAAAAUAUUGUUGCACCGAUACCAUUUUUUGGCUCCAUAUACAGAUUCCGAUAACUAGCUCUGUGGUUGAGUUGGAAAGCAAAAAAUGCCCGAUGCCGACACUGGUCUGAUACCACGUUUUUUUUUUUUGUUUGUUUAAUAUUUUGAAAAAAAAUCUGCAUACUCAUUUGACUGUAAAACAAUUGUUAUCAUGGCUUGGUCAGACACUGCUUAAAUCAUUUGCUGAAAUUGACAGCGCUGGACGCCCAAUUCAUUUGAAGUGGGA